CAUAGCGCCACCUUGUGAGUCUGGCUGGUAAAACCGUCUGAGUAAGGAAAUUGUUAGAAAUCAUUGUACACGCGUCUUUCCGCAGACAGGACCGACGCCUGUGAAGAUGUUUGAAUGCAGUCGGCCCGUGUAAGGCCGUGGCCUGCUGCUAGUGAGACUAUCCCUCUAGGUUUGGAACCAGUGGUCAACGCGACACCGCUCAGCCAGAUCACCCAGGGUAAAAAGCUGGGAGGAAGUGGACCACCACAAGGGGAACGUGUUGUUGGACGCAGCAGUGAAAAUGCUAGCUGGCGGUAGACCCAGUUGAGGGGACAUUUUGUUGGGUAGAGGUCUCGGCACAGAGUAUCGGGUCUUACCAGAGAACAGUAUGCUUCUGUUGCUAGCAGGCACUUUCCUGGGUUGUCGUUAGCUAGAUUUAGCCUCUUCAGCUCCAGGUCCGGACUUUUUUCUCCCCCUUGAGACCUGCAUUUUAAAGAGAACUCCCGGUAAUGGCCAUGGAUUUUCCCGGCCACUUUGAGCAGAUCUUUCAGCAGCUCAACUAUCAGCGCAUCCAUGGCCAGCUGUGCGACUGUGUCAUUGUGGUGGGCAGCCGGCACUUUAAGGCCCACCGCUCAGUGCUUGCGGCGUGCAGCACCCACUUUAGAGCUCUGUUUACAGUCGCAGAAGGGGAUGUCAGCAUGAACAUGAUCCAGCUGGACAGUGAGGUGGUGACAGCAGAAGCUUUCGCUGCUCUGGUGGACAUGAUGUACACGUCGACGCUGAUGCUGGGCGAGAGCAACGUCAUGGAUAUCCUUCUUGCUGCAUCGCAUCUGCACCUGAACAAUGUUGUGAAGGCCUGCAAACACUACCUGACCACGCGCACGCUGCCCCUCUCCCCCUCGUCAGACAGGCCCUCCCAUCACCACCCUCAGCAGGAGCAGCAGAGGCACAGGCAGCAGCAGCAGGUUGGGGAUUUAGGAGCUAAUGCUAACCUCACAGCUUCUGCUGCUACGUCCAAGCUGCAGCGCUCCUUCUUGCUGCAGCAGCUGGGACUCAGCUUGGUGAGUUCUGCAUUGGGAGGUAUGGAGGAAGAUGGGGUGGGCAGCAGAGUGGUCGAACAGAGAGCCUCCUUCCCAAUCCGGCGCUUUCACAAACGUAAACCCCCUCUGGGGCUGGGGCUUUCAGAGGAAAGACCCAGACAGAGGCAGCGGCUGUUGGGAGUGAGCCCGGGUAACGCAGAAAGAGAGGACGGAGCGCUUCUGUCACCAGAUUCCCACAGGAUGGGUGAUGAAUCCAAGUUAGAUGGUGCCAUCACGGGGUUAGUGUCGGCCCCUCAAGAUGACCCCCAAAUGCCAAGUCAGUCGGACAGCGGACAAUGUGAAGAGGCGAGCUUGGGGAGAAUGCAGGGAGGGUUGGGCAAGGAAGAGGACAACAGUGAUCAUGACAACCAGGACGAAAGAGUGGGGGUGAAGAUAAAAUCAGGAUCAGAGGAGGAAGAGGCUGAAGAAGAGGAGCAAAAGCUGGUGGUCAAACGAGAGCCGCUCAGCUCGCCUGAGCCAGCGGAUGAAAACAGCGACGUGACGUCUCAGGCAGAAGGAAGCGACCCGGCCGAGCCCGGGUGCCAGGAGGAAGAGGAGAAGGUGGAGCUGAGCCCGGAGAGCAGCGACCGCAGUUUUACCUCUGAACCCCAGCACAGCUCCGAGUCUCCCCUCCAGUCCAGCACGCAGCUCCUCCUAAAGAGCAGCAUGACAGGAGGUGCAGGAGUCACAGCAGGUUUCAGCUGUAAUAACAGCAAAACUGGUUUUAACAUUUCCAGCUUCCUCGGACCGAAGGAUUUUAGCAGUGGCAGGCAGGGGUUGGUUGCUGGAGAGGAUGCCCUUCCCAACACAACAACAGGAGAUGCGGUUGCACAUCAUUUCCUGCUGAGGCAGGACACAGCCGGACCAUCGGGCUCUGCCUCGUCAUCUGUUCUGCAGUGUGGAACACUCGGCGCUGAGAGCAGAAACAGCUUUGGAGAUAACCUCCAACCUGAUUCUCUGUUCCUCCGCCCGCUGCAUGAUGGUUUAGGAAACCCAAGAGCCAGUGGAGGAGGUGCUAGUGGAGGACGUGGAGGGGGGGAUCCCUUUGCUUUGGACUUCCAGCGUUCCAGUCUGGGCUUUCACUCGCUGGGCCGCCCCUCAAGGGGAGCAGGAGGAACAACUGCAAACACUCUGGGUUAUCAAAGCUACAGGCGUAUCGCUCCGAAAACGCCCCCUGGGAUGGGAGGAGAAGAAGCAGUAGGUGGGAUUCUUCAGGAUGCUGCCUCCUCUUCCUCGAGCAUACCUGGUCCUCUGCUUCUUAAUGAGAGCGGAGGGUACGGGAUGAACAGCGGCAGGCCCACCUCCCUCCCACCCCAACUCACGCGGGCGUCCGCUGAUGUCCUGUCAAAGUGCAAGAAGGCGCUCUCAGAGCACAAUGUCCUGGUGGUGGAAGGGGCACGGAAGUACGCCUGCAAGAUCUGCUGUAAAACGUUCCUCACCCUGACUGACUGCAAGAAACACAUCCGAGUCCACACGGGAGAAAAACCUUACGCGUGUCUCAAGUGUGGAAAACGUUUUAGCCAAUCCUCGCACCUUUACAAGCAUUCCAAGACCACAUGUCUGCGCUGGCAGAACAGUAACAUGUCCAGUGCCCUGCUGUAGAAGGACUUCAGUAGGUUAAAAUGAAAAGUGGCAAUUAGUGACGGGCUGAUUUUAAGUCCCAGAAAAUCUCGUGUUCUCUUCUUCUGUCAGAAUUAUUGGAUCUCAUCAUUUCGUUUCAGAUAAAUCAGUCCUGAUCUCAGACCAAAGAUGAGGAUGACUUUGUUAUCGUGCAUCUUAUUUUUGCUGUGCAAGCCCAAACUAUCAAGUUGUACUUCUCUGAAAAACAUGUAUAGCUUUGAUUUAUUGCAUUGUAUUAUGCAUUCUCUUCUGUAUCAAUAUCAAAAGACUAAUCAAGGUUUCUUUUUCCUUCAAUACCAGAACCAAAAGAACUCCUUGAAAACUAUUUAGUUUUGAAAAACAGUCACAUUUGGAUCUUGCCCUGAUUUGAUCAGUGCUGUUUGUACUGUUUUAAUCACGUGAGACUCUUACAACACGCUGCAGCCUCCUACCUAUCAUAUCCAUCCAUACUGUAAGCAGUCUGCAGGCUUCAACACAGUGGCUUGCAAAGAUGUCAUUCCCCCUGAACCUUCUCACAUUUUGUCACGUUCCAACCACAAACGGCGGUAUAUUUUAUUGGGAUUUUAUAUGCUAUACCAAGAGAAAGCAGUGCAUAUUUGUGAAACAGAAGGAAAAUAAUCUAUUGUUUUUAAGACUCUUUAAUAAUGAAAGUCUUUGUGGCGUGCAUUAAUAUUCCGCCCCCAUGAGUUCAUCAUAGAACCACUAUUUGCACCUCAAGUCUUGCAGGUUUCCUUCCAGCCAUUAGCUUCAUCCAUCUUCCCUAUUAAUUCUACGCAGGUUCCCUGUCCCUGCUGGAGGACUGAAUCCCCACAGCAUAAUGCUGCCACUACUGUGUUUCAUAGUGGCCAAAAGGUUCAAUUUCUACCUCGUGUGUUUUGCUACAUGGCUUGGGGCAAACGAAACAGGACUUCUGUUUUUUUUUUUUUUUUACAAUAGCUUUCUUUUUGCCACUCUUCCAUCGCAUUGGGAUUUAAGAAAUGCACAACUAAUAGCUGUAGUGUCAACAGAUUGUCCCAGCCGAACUGUUGAAUGCUACAGCUCCUACAGAAUUAACAUGGAUAUAGUUUUUAUGACCUUUUUGUGAACUUCUUUAAACGUUUCCACUACUUUCUCCCUGACCUGUCUGUCAUGUUCCUCUGUCUUCAUGAUGCUGAUUGUUCAUUAAUAUUCUCAAACAAAUCUCUGAGGCCUUCAGAGAACCAGCUGCCUUUAUACUGGGAUUAAAUAAUACACAGUUGGACUCUAUUUAUUAUUUAGAUGACUCCUGAAGACAAAUUGGUUGCACUGCAUUAUGUUCAAAGCAUACCAAAUAUAAAUGCUCCUCACAUUUUUAUUCACACAUUUUCAAACUAUGUACAAUAUUCCUUCCACUUCAAAGUUAUGCACUACUUGAACUAUGAUCCAUCACAUAAAAUCCCAAUAAAAUACCUUGAAGUUUACGGUUCGAAGGUUUACAUGUUGGAAUCUCCAAGGGGUGUGAAUACUUUUAGAAAGCGCUGUGACCUGGUGAUUAUGCAUGUGCUCUGUUUGUGUGUUAGAUAUUUAUGUGAACUUGAAGGGGGGGAAUAGAUAAAAUUACAUGUAAGUUUAAACAAGAGAAGAAAACAGAAUCUAGGGUCGGCCUCAGCAGGUAAUAUAAGUGCAUUUUAAUGGUUUACUUACAAAAACAGCAGCAGUUAAAGCAUUUUUAGAAGGAAUGAAGAUGAAGAUUACUUCUGUGGUGCUUUAUCUCUGGAUAGAUGUUCAUACAUAUUCAUUUAUUUGACAAGGUUUUGCAGUUCAGUUUCGAUGAUUGAUCGGUUUGAGAAAUGAAAAACUUUGCAUUUGUCUACAUCACAUCUCUGCAGUUUGUUUUUGGGCAUAUUUACUUUAGAAUGAAGUUGCAUUGAGGAAAAAAUAAAGUAAUAAUAAUCAGGACAAUAGUUAAAGGGUAAAUUAGUUAUAAUUUGAUCAUGCCUUCACAUUUUUAAAGAAAACUAAUAUAAAGUCCUGAACAUUAGUGCCAUAUUAAUCCGGAGUUUCACUGGAAACCCCUUUGUAAAUAGAUUCUUUAAGUGUCAACAUUUUCACUGUAUUUAUAUUGCCGUUUAUGAAUUGUAUAAAAGUUGCGACCAAAAUAAAACCUCGUCCCACAUGGAAAAAAAAAGGUUUCUCCUGGUCACUGAAAUGCUGUGUUUACUUCUUGAAAUGUAGGUUUGUGUUGCUGUACUGGAGUUCAUCCCAUAUUUCAAACGAUACUUUUAAAAAGCAAAACUCCCAGUUUCACUGGAACUAUUGCAGUUAUUUUCAAACAGCUGACUUUGUUUUUCUCGUACGCCAGCUGACCAGCAGAGCUCUGCAACAACCAGAGAAAACUCUUAAACCAUAGAAACGAUAUGAUGGGAAGAAAAUUACUUGGGAAAACUUUGCAACUGUUUAAAACCUCAAUAAGAGCAACUUCUUUGGACUAGACUGUUUAUUGUAUAGUUCUGUUUUAGUGAAUCAAAGAAAUAACCAAACAUGUCUGUCUUUUUAUAUUCUUGAUCACUGUAUGUAUUGUGACACUGGCGAUUCGUUUUAAACCGGUCGGCACCUUAUAUUAAAGUCGUUACACUGCCUGCCUGUACAGUAUAGCGUGUUUUAUUUGACUUGAUGAGACAUAUUGGCGCCUUGUUACAGAAGAAAACACCAGGUGUGAUGUUCCCGACAUAUCAUCCAGUGGUUACCGUGGUGCUGUUUGCUGUGAGUUUAAAAUGGCAAGUGCUGGUGAAAUGUAUCAUGUAACUCAAGUCACGUUCUAGGGAAGAAAAGGUGUUCAUGUGAGAAAUAAAGAGGUGAUAAAGUGAAGACAUCACCCACUUUACUGCUUUUACUUGUAAGGAAUCCUAUUGGUGCUUUAAAAAAAUGACUAAAUUUAACGGUUCAUAUUCUUUGAAAAGAAAGACCCUUAUGUACUUUCCCCUUAAUAUAGCAGAUUUGUAAAUUAGGCUUAAGUCACUGACUUACACUCUAGCUUUAAAAGCUCGGUUUCAUUUGUUUUCAGAAAAGUGAGAAAGUUUUGUUUACGUUUUGACUCACAAAUACCGUUACCAUGAACCAGUAAAAUCGUUGUCUCUUUGCUGUAUGAAGGUUGUAAAUUAUGUUGAUUUGUUGUACAGACUGAAUAAAACAAUGGAACCCUG